GGUGUGUCUAGCGAGGCAGGGGAAGGUGACUGUCGCCGGUGUACCUGUGUAAACCCGCGUAAACACGGGACUGGGGAAUAGAGGUCGCGUUCUGCGCAGGGAUUGCGUCGCUGUCCGGGACCGCCGCGAUUUGGAAAUGGCGGUUGAGCCGUUGCGGUCAGCCACGUCCUUCGGGGCCGCGGAGGACACAUCUCUGGCACUGCCGUCCGACAACACCCUGCGCUCGGGGCAGCGCCGCGUCCUGGACCAGGUCCACACCAUCAAGAGGAGCAAGUCGAAGUCGGUGAAGAGCGGCCCCGAGUCGCCAGCAAGUCCACAGAGUGAUGCUGUCUUCACCGAAUUUCGAUCAUUUAAGUUUUCCCCCACCAAGACCAAUGCCAGUUUCUUCUCAAGGACUAAUUCCAGCGGAAUGACCAUAAAAUCAGUACAGCCGAAGCAGGAGCAGAAUCGCUCUUUCACCACAAAGGGCUUGACCAGGCGGCAAAUAAAGAGCAUCUCUGGGCCCCACUGUGGGAUGAAGCCUAGUUGCAGUGACCCAGCGUUGGUCAAGAGCCGCAGUGCUACUCUGCCCAUCCACAGCCAGCGCACCAGGAUUUGCUCUGCCACCAAUGGAUUCACCCAGUCCGUGGGCAGCAGCGCCGCCCAGGUAGUUAGCGGCCAGGCUGCACUCCUCCAGACAGUCUCAAACCAGUGCAGCAGUGAGUCCAAAGCGAUAGUCACUAAAGGCAAGACCGAGGCCGAUGGGUCCCACUGGAAUGAAAGCAUUUCAGACUUGACCCUCAAGGAUGCGGUAGAGUACCUCUCCAGACCUGAGGAGAGGUAUAAGCUGCGUGGCGCCUCCUUCAUACAGCACACCACCUUCAAGGAUGACAAAGCCAAGCAGGAGGUGUUCGAUCAGCGAGGCAUCCCCGACCUGGUGAAUCUGCUGCGCAGCCCCAGCCCCCAGAUGCAGCAGACGGCCGCCGCUGCCCUCCGUAACCUGGUGUACAAGAAUAGCGAAAACAAGGAGGAGGUGUGGCGCUGCGGAGGCAUGGAGGAGGCGCUGAAGCUUAUCAAGGACACAGACUCCAUCGAGACGCAGCGACAGCUGACAGGUCUCCUGUGGAACCUGUCCUCCAUGGACAAAUUGAAGACUGAGCUGAUCCAGGACACCAUGCCUGUGCUGACUGAGAGUGUGGUGGUGCCUUUCCUCCGCUGGACCGACACGGGCGCCAGCAACAACGUGGACUCAGAAGUCUUCUACAACACCACAGGCUGCCUGCGGAACCUGAGCUGCACAAAGGAGGUCGAGCGGCAGGCUAUGAGGAACUGCCCUGGCCUUAUUGAGUCUCUGGUUGGCUACAUUCAGAGCUGCGUGGAGACGGACAACCCGGACGACAAGUCAGUGGAGAACUGCACUUGCAUCCUUCACAACCUCACCUACCAGCUGGAGUCAGAAGCCCCCAGCCAUUUCAGCAUCCUCACCUCACCAUCCCCAAGGAGCACAGCCAGCAAGAAGACCCAAAGCAUCGGGUGCUUCAGCCCACAGAGCAGCAAGACCAAUGAGCAGAACCUCUUUGACUUUCCACUGCCAGAGGACAGUGAUCCCAAGGGUUUAAGCUUGCUAUACCACUCCAAGACGAUGCAGACCUAUCUUUCACUGCUGGGGAGCAGCCAGAAAGACUCCACACUGGAAGCCUGUGCUGGAGCUCUGCAGAAUCUCACCGCCAGCAAAGGAGUAGUGUCCAGCAUUCUUAGCCAGACUAUUGUGCAGAAGCUGAACGGCCUCCAGCACAUCACGCCAUUACUGCAGACCUCCAGUCCUAGUUUGCAGAAGACUGUUGUGUCCCUGGUGGGAAAUCUCUCCCGGAACCCAGUUCUCAAGAACACCAUCGCACGACAGGCCCUCCCGCAGUUGGCCAACAUCCUAAGCGCCGGGGUCGUCGACAAGGCCAACUCGGACGACGCGCUGUCCACGGCCUGCUGCGCCUUCCACGGCCUCGUGAUGGCUGAGCCUGAGCUGGGGAAGAAGGUGUUGAACGAGUCCCUGGUCAGCUCGCUCAGUAACAUCAGUUGCAAUGGGUAUUUGCCAAAAGCCAGCAAAGCUGCCUCUGUUCUUCUUUAUUCUCUCUGGUCAGAAAAAGACAUUCAGAGCUUCCUGAAAAAGCAAGGAAUGUCGAAAUGUACCUUUGUGAAUGACAUCACCAGCUUUGCCCACAAGUCUGCCCAAGUCGUUGAUUAAGCCGUUGUCUGGACCAUCCUCAGAAGGUCGGACAGGAUGGCUCUUUGACGAUGAGGAAAGUAUCAGCACUGAUGUCCAAAAGGAACACCCGCUAAAGUCAGUGUUGGACAAUUGAACGUAUGGUUGUCUUUUGCCUUAAUGUAUUAUUUUGCUUAAAGUUCUUCAAUUAAGCAAAUUAAUUAAAUGUUUCUGUUUUUACAGUUUUCUUUAAUAUUGGGACACUGAAUAGGGGUAGAGGAGCUCUAAAAUGAUCAUUUUGCUUUCAACAACGUAGUAAUAUGUAUGACUCAGUAUAACACAAGGUACUUCAUAUAAUACUGCAAACGCAAGCAAAACCAUCUACUGUAUUUAUCAGCAUAGUAAGACUGUCAGCCUCCUCCAGGGGCAACAUUCCAUUGUUAACAGCCACCUCCAAUUCUAUUUUCUCAGUUUUUUAUGACAAUUUUAUACCCUCAUCUGUGCAUGUUCUAAGCAAUUCAUUUGCUGAGAUACACACAUGUCCACAGUUUUUUUUUUUUUUUUUUUUUAAACUUGGCAUAAGUGUGUUCUUGUGUUUGAGAAAGGGGGUACAUUUUUCAUGUUUAGCACAGGAGAUUUUAUUUGAAUGUAUGUUUGUUGUUUGACAUUGCAUAGUGUAACACACACACACACACACAC